CCCACAGGGUGCCUAGCACAGGCCCUACAGUUUCAUCUUCUGCAGGUUGGACCAUGGAGAGGAAGCCAGUGAAACAGGUCCUGGGCUCCUGGUUCCUGAUCUACACCUGUGUCUGCUCCUGCAUCUGCUGGGGAGUUUCUGUCCCAGAGCUGGGAGGAGGGCUGAAGGCUGGGACAUUCCUCUGCUUCAGCAACAGUGUUCUCAGGAUUGACUGCCACUGGUCAGCUCCAGAGCUGGACCAGGAAUCCAGGGCCUGGCUCCUCUUUACCAGUAACCAGGCGACUGACAUCAAGCACAGGUGCACCUUCUGGGACAGCGCGUGCACCCUUGAGCUGCCGCCCGAGGAGGUGUUCUUGCCGACUGACAACUUCACCGUCACUUUUCACCGCUGCAUCAUGGGGCAGGAGCAUGUCAGCCUGGUGGACACACAGUACCUGCCGAGAAGACAUGUUAAGCUGGAUCCGCCCUCCGACUUGCAGAGCAAUGUCAGCUCUGGGCAUUGUGUCCUGACCUGGAGUAUCAGUCUUGCUCUGGAGCCGUUGAGCACAUUCCUUAGCUACGAGCUGGCCUUCAAGAGGCAGGAAGAGGCCUGGGAGCAGGCCCGGCACAAGGACCGUAUUGUUGGAGUGACCUGGCUCAUCCUUGAAGCCGUUGAACUGAAUCCUGGUUCCACCUACGAGGCCAGGCUGCGUGUCCAGAUGACUUUCUUGGAGGAUUAUGGUGACAUGGCAGAGGGGGAAUAUUAUAAGAGCCAUUGGAGUGAGUGGAGCCAGCCCGUGGCCUUUCCUUCUCCCCAGAGAUGGACACAGGGCCUCCUGAGCCCUCCGCAGUGGCGGUGGUCAGACAGCAUCCUUGUCGCCGUGUCCAUCUUUCUUCUCCUGACUGGUCUCAUCCACCUUCUGUUCAAGCUGUCACCCAGGGUGAAGAGAAUCUUCUACCAGAAUGUCCCCUCCCCCGCAGCAUUCUUCCAUCCUCUCUACAGUGUGUACAAUGGGGACUUCCAGACCUGGGCAGGGGCCCACAGAGCCGGACUGCAACCAAGACAGGAUGAUGUCAGCACUCCAUCAGGAGGCUCAGAGGCCAGCAUCUGGGAGGCCAUCACGGCACUCACCUACAGCCCAGCAUGCCCUGCACGAUUUUUCAGCCUGAAUUGGGAUAGCACAAGUCCUGGCUUUCCAGGGCCCCUAAGCUCAGAGCAUGUGCUGCCAGCAGGGUGUCUGGAGCUAGAAGGACAGCCAUCUGCCUACCUGCCCCAGGAGGACUGGGUCUCCCUGGCUUCUGCCAGGCCUCCUCUUCCUCCAGACUCCAGCAGCGGCAGCAGCAACUACUGCAUCUUGGACUGCUCUGAGGCGUGCCACCUCGCAGCCUUCCCAGAAUGCACCAAGAGUCCUGAGCUCACACAGGCUCAGCCUGAGGCCCUUCCUGUGUCCAGUAGGGCCUGACACCCAACAAGAGAUGUAGGCAUUUUCCUCCCUCAGACCC